UCUUUCAGCCGUAAAUUAAGGGCCACAAACAUGAAAAAGGCCAAACGAUGGCUUCUACCGAUAGCAGCUUUGUUGGCGGUGUUAGUCACAGAAACCGACGCAGUGGCACCGUUUAAAAAGGUUUCCAUUGGUACAACAACAACAACGACAUCGACUACGACUACAACCACAACAGAAGCGCCAGCAAUUGAAAGUGAUGAUGGAAAGGCCAACAAUUCAUCAACACCAACCAAGAAUUCAAAACUGACGGGAAUACCACAAAUUGAUUACAUAUGGGAUCCAAAUUUACCACGUGAAUUAAGAGGUUACAACCUAUCAAGUUAUCCGUUCUUUUCAACAGUUCCACCGGAAGAGGAUAUACAUUUCAAAUGUGAUGGAUUACACGAUGGUUUCUAUUCGUCUAUAGAACACAAAUGUCAGGUUUAUCAUCAUUGUGUAUAUGGCAUACGGCAUGACUUCUUAUGUGCCAACUUUACCGCAUUUGACCAAAAGACUUUCAUUUGUCACUUCGUUUCAGAUGUUGACUGUGAAGGUUCCCAAAAAUACUGGAACAGAAACGAUGCUUUAUACAUGGCAACAACUACUACAUCGACUACUACCACCACCACCGAACCACCGCCAACACCACGUAGGCGUCCAGCUGUGCGACCGCUUCGACCAUUACGUCGUCCUGUAAAUCGCAGACCUGUCGAUGAUUAUUAUUAUGAUACAGAGGAGUAUGAUGAUGAUUAUUACGAAGAACGUAUAAAUCGUAGACGUAAGCAACGACCGCGUCAAAGACAACCGGUUUCUGAUUAUGAAGACGAGUAUGAUGAAAAACGUUCAUUCAAUGAUAAUAAACCAAGACGUCCAAAUUCAAGAGAUCGAGUCCGGGAUGCAGAUGAUUUAGAUGAAGAUUAUGACACCACUCGCCGUAAACAGGAUCGCUCAAAAUCUCGUAAUAAACCCACUGUCGCGCAAGAUAGACGUAAAAGUUCCUCACGAAAGCCAGCGCUUAAUUCUGCACGUUCUGGCACUGAUGAGCGACGUAGUUUUAAUGAUGACAAAUACCCAACAAACAGAAGAAAAGACAAACCAAGUCCUACACCUGAAGAACAUGAAGACACUGUAGACUUGCCUCCACGCCGUUUAACAGGUAGACGGCGGAUAAACGAAAGGCGACCAUCUCCAGCCUCCUCUGUUACAUCUGAUUUAGAUGAUCUCGAUGAUUAUGAAAAACCACAACCUCCAGCAGCAGAUCAAGAAAGUGCUGCUGAAGAAGAAGCGCCACCUAAAGUAAAAACAACCCCAAAGCCGUUAGAGGAAUUUAUUACACCAAAAGCAGCUCCAGCAUCUGUAUUUUCAAGACCAAGAGCGCCACCGCGUAUAGCUCGACCAGUGCCAGUAAAUGAGAAGAAAAAAUAUGAAUAUCCUGUGCAAAAAACUGGAACUACCUCUAGCCCACCUGCUGCUCAAGAAGAGGAGGAAUAUUACGAAGACGAGCUAUACGAAGAUGUUCGCAAAGACCAACGUGAACAAAAUCGUCGUCGAAUUGCAGCAGAUGAUGUAGACCCACCAAAUAACAGAAAACGUAUCCAAAAUGAAUCACCAGUAGGUCGAAAGCCUUCAAGAAAUUCUUUUAAAAAACCCAUUACCACAGAUACGAAAAGUGCUGCCACCGAUGAUGAAUAUGACAUUCCAGAUAGUUCUUCGAAUGAACAUUUAGAAAAUCGUAAUGGUGCCAGAAAACGUCCAUAUGCAAAUCGUAACCGCAAUACAUAUAAUAAACAAUCAGAUCAGAGUGCAGAUGAUGUUGAUUUUGUAGACGACGACUAUGAAGAACGUCCGAUUAGACCAGCUCAUAGGCUUAGACCCAAAAUAUCGGCACGUAAGAAUUUCAAUAAACAACGUCAGCCAGUCGAUGAAGUCGAUGAGGAAGAACAUUAUGAUUCAGAUAUUGAUCGACCACUACGAAAUCGUCCCGGUAUUAAUCAAGGUCGGCGAAAAAACAUUUUAAAUGGACGCCUACGACAGUCUACAACAACAUCAACAACUGAACCGCCAAUUGAAGAGCCAGAGCCAGAAGUAGAAGAAGAACCUGAGGUAACCGUUGCGCCAAGUAAAUCUCCUACAACAUCAUCACCUGGAGGACGUCAACCAUCGGUACGUGUUGUUAAGCGUCCAUUCUUGCCUUCACGAGGUGGCAGUCCAUACCUACCACGUGGUCUUCAACCUGUUGGUGUUGCACAUAAAUCAUUGAAUUCGCCUACAACUGAUAGCACAACAAUUGAUAUGGGUUCUACAAUAUCAGGUGUACAUCUUUUAGAACAUGGUGCACCUAUAUUGCGUGAUUCUGGAAAUAAUCAGGAACCAGUGCAAAGUUCACGUACAACAUUACCACCACGCAGUGCAAUACCUACAGUGUCACAAGCUCGCCAAGAACCUCAUCCGAAAGUCACAUUGGAUGAGCUUUAUGAAAAUGACUAUGAUGUCACUUUGAAUGAUGCGCUCAAUCCAACGCUUAAGCCACUAUCGCCGCAUCAAAACCAUCAAAAUCGCAAUUACCCAAGUGCGUUUGCUUCAGCCCCUGCCGCUAAUACAUUUGUUAAUAACAAUCAAUCACCCGCUCUUUAUCAUAAUAACAACAACUAUCAGCAACAUCAAAAUGCAUAUAUUUCUGCGCCUCAUCAGUCUCAAUCAAAAUUUCAUCAUCAAUUACAAUAUCACAACCAGCCACAACAUUCUAAUAAUAAUUUCAAUAGUGAUUCGUAUUUUUCAUCAACAGAUAUCCGAAGGCACGCGGUCAUCCCGGCGGCGCCCGCGCAUAGCACUCGAACGGACUACAGAGGCGUUGGUACAAGAAUAGCGCAACACUUUUAUGAUGAUAUCGAAUAUUAGCAGUCAACUCAUCAUAUUUAAAAACUAUGUGCGAUUGGAACACCAAACUCAAGCCACUGUAACAUCCAAACUAAAAAAGUUUACCAAUGCUUAUCCUGCGAAAAUAACUGCAGAUUAUUAAGAUUGGUAUCCAGGAUUUCAACAAUAUUCUUAGAAAUAAAUAAUUUUUAGAAAAUACUCAAAUAUCGUGAUAGUAAG